AUGGCACUGCUGAUUAAAGGGAGCGAUUACAUCGCCAAGAGAAGAGUAGCAUUGGUCAUGGCCAGGUCCAUUUUUGGCUCGACGGAUAAGCUAAUACGGAUUAAGCGAGAUGAUUCGUGCUGCAAGAUCGUCAUGGGUGCCAUAAGAAGGGCGGCGCAGAAAUGCAUAGUCUUGGUGGAGGAUAUCGAUCGAAUGAGCGAUCAUUUCGUUAAACCAUUCACAGAUGCCUUAAAAGUUGGAUCUUUUAAGGACGGUUUAGGAGAAGAAGUUUGCUUAGCUGAUGCGAUCUUCAUACUGACAACUUCUCAGGUGACCAGAUUAAAGAGUGCUAAUGACGUCAGUAGGGAUGAAGAUGCAUCAUCAUCCAGUGAUCUUGAGAGGAGUUCGAAGAGGCUGCGGACAGAAGAUCACGGCCGUUUCGAUCUUAACUUCGAACCGUAUGUUAACGUAGAGGAGGAGACUGAAUGCAUCAGCUUCCAUCUCCCACGGGAGCUUCUGCAAACCAGUGUUCAGCUCAGUUUAAAUGCCGGGGUGGGUCAGUACCAGGAACUGAAGGUCAGUCUUCUCACAAAGCUCCAUCGAGCGUUCGAGGAGAUGCAGAAUGGAAAGGUCAGAAAGGGGAAUCUGGUUGUCGAUCCAGAAGUGGCAGAGGAGCUAAUGCAGGCGUCUGGUUUCUUCCUCGAGAGCUUCUUCGAGAAGUGGGCGAGAGAGGUGAUCCGUGCGAAUCUACAAACUGCUCGAGAUGGCGGCGGGAACGUGAGGUUGAGUUUGCAAGGUAGAGAGAGACUCCAAAAUGCAUGGUUUCUUGGCUUCCCUGCUGCCAAAUAG